AAUUUUCCCGAGAAAAUUUCUGACCUAUUUCUUACCCAUGCACCAUUCCUGAACCUUCCAUAAAUUUCAUUCAGCUCUUCCGGGCGCACUCUGCAAAUUACAAUCCCAGAAAAAAAAAACAGGAAUUCUCCAUUUCGUUCCCACGAAUUCUUUCUCUAAUUUUCUAGUUUCAUGCCACAAUUCUCUUUAUUUUUCUCAACAAAAAAAAAAUCUUUCAUUUUUCUGAGAAAAUUCCCGACCUAUUGCUUGUCUAUACACCAUUAACCCAUUCGAUCCUUUCAUUUUACUUCCUCUUCUUCAGGCAAAGUCUCCUACUUUCCCGAGAAAAUUCCCACCCUAGAAAAAUAAAAUUAAAAAUUCGGAAAAUUCAUUCUCUGUCUCGGAAACCUUUUUAUCUGAUUUUGUAGAUUUUGAUGCUGUAAUCUUGAAGGAAAAAAUAAGGUUAUAAUAAAAAGUGUGUUUGAAAUGGAAGGUCGCCGGAGGGUAACACUUCAUGAUCAAAUGUCAGCAUCAGACACGCUAGCCGGAUUGAGCCUUGACGACAUCUUAGGCAACCAGAAAAGACCACACGCAGCGCCGCCGCCGCCGCAGCAACAGCUCCCAAAGAGCCGAACCCUCCUAGACAUCAUCAGAGAAGACGAGACCAACAAGAAGGACCGCAGAUCUUGGAAAGCCUUCAAGGACAAGCUUCGGCUCAAGCGCGCCGGCUCUGCUUGGACAUCGUCAAUUCAUAUUCCGACUUCGGAUAUCCCAGUCCCUCACCCAAACAGCAGAAGCUUUUCCCAGUACGGUCGUCGAAACUCGGUCCGCCACCAGACUCACCCCGACUCGGACACGUCAACUCAGUACAUGGCUCACCAAGUGGAAGACCUCGACCCGACGGAGGACUCCGAUUCACCGGCAACGGCGCCAGCCACAAGGCCUCAGUUCACUCGCGGUAGCUCUACACGUUACAGGUCACCGCUCGACACGCCUUUCGCCGGCGACUCCUCCGACAACGUCCCCGCCGGCGGCGUUCUCCGGCCGCAGCUAUCUCGGCGGAACUCCACCACCCUGCAAACGGAGCCGUUCCGGCGAGGCCGCGUGGUGACUUUCCGGGACAGCUUCGACGACGACGAACCCGACGACGGCAGCAGGCUCCCGGAGACAGGGAGGGCGCUGUCGGCAAGGGAGGCGGUGGCGGCGCAGGAGGCAGCGGAAGCUGCGGCGGCAGCAGAGGCGGAGGAGGCGGGUGAGGCUCCGGUGAUGAUGUCGCUGAUGGAUUUGCUGGAGGAAACUGAUAGGGAAAUGGGGCUUGAAGGGUCAAGGUAUAUAUUGAGUGAUGACGAAGAUUUUGAUGAAGAAGAAGGUGGGGAAGCUGAAGAGGAAGGAGAAGGUGUAAUGGAAUACACAUGCUGUGUUUGCAUGGUGAGGCAUAAGGCUGCUGCUUUUAUACCUUGUGGCCACACUUUCUGCAGGAUGUGUUCAAGGGAGCUUAUGGUCAGUAGGGGCAAUUGCCCACUCUGCAACAAUUUCAUUUUGGAGAUUCUUGACAUUUUCUGAUUUUUUUUAUUUUUUUAUUUUUUUAAUAUUCAAGUUCUGGGUUCUCUCUUUGUUUGUGUUGGGAACUUUUUUUUGUUUUUUGUUUUUCAAAAUUUGUAUUUGUUAUUGUUGAUAUUAUGUUAUUGGCUUUUUUUUUUUUUAUUCUUUUGUGCAGUUCUGGGGUGUGAAUAAGAGUGUGGAUGAUGAUUUCUUACUGUUU